AGGGACCGAUAGGCAGCACUCAUAGUAAGUACUUUCUUUUGGCACUAGCUGCAAGGGGAACCCCCGCCUGACGAUCUUCAAAAAUGUACAAGCGACUCCUAUGGGAGUCCGAGUGCUCGCUGCACUCGGAGAUCAUCAAAAAGAGCAAGAGUCUUCUAAGUAUAUAUACAUACUAGCCACCCCCGGCGCAUCCAUACAUGUUCGGCAUCAACAGGUGGUAAGACCACUUGAAGAUAGACAGCACUUUUCAAAGUACUAACUUCACUGACAGUAAAAAUCAUGGGUGCGGGUCCGUCCACGGGCCCGGCGAGCCAGCCGGAAGAGCAGGUCGAGGAGGCGGAGCUGCACCUUUUCUGCCACUCGUGCGGCAACCGAAAGGUUUUGCAGAUCGACCCCGCCACGGGCUCGUACGAGCACCCGCAAUGUUGCCCGUCCUGCGGGGAAGCCACGGCGCUGGAGCUGAUGCCCUUUGCGGUCGACAACUCGUCGACCCAAAACUCGUUCGUGCACGAACCCGCGGUGGAGUGUGUGACGGUCGAACUGGACGAAGUCGACGAACAGACGGGCUACAUUCACCUGCGGGUCUUGCCGAAAAUCAAGAACCUCGAUGACCGCUUCCAGGAGCAAAAUGUCGUGGAUAAAUCUCCGGUCCGAAUAUCUUCUAGUGAGCGGGAUAGUAGUACAACUGGUGCGGAUCAUCGCACCAUAUGUACUCCUGUUGCGACUUCUGCACCACACCUCCUACAGGGUCGGACGUGCCAUCGAGGAGCCGUGGACAAUGGAAAUAGUAACGCAAGAAGUAAUCCAGGAGACGCAGUCGCAGGUUCUGUUGAAUCAGGUGGACAAGUGAGGACACGACAAGAUGAUCAGGAGGAUCCGCAAGAAGGAAUGAUCAUGAACGCAGCAGACACUACGGGUACUGCGGCCCGGCAAGCAGUAGACCCGGAGUUGCUUGUGAGAACAUCAACCACGACAGCACAUCACUCGCCGUUCGAAGGCGUGUUGACGUCCGGAGCGCUUGCAGCUCAGCAAGAGCCAAAUGUAUCCUCUUCGGAUAACGAAGUCGUGCCCGAAUUCACGCCAACCGCACAGAAGCUGCUGGAUUCCAUUCUGCCCGUGCCGUACCGCGGGCGAAGGUACGUGUACAAUCUGUUCGGGCAAAAGCCGAAGCGCAAGGACGGCCAGCAGAGCUCGGCCUCCGAGGCGAUCUCGUCUGCGUCGGAGGUUGAGCCGACGGACAAGCUGACGCAACAGAUUAGCGGGAGCAGCACGAAGCAGCGACACAGCACGCGUUCGCAGCAGCAGCAAAAUCGGUCCAAGUUUGGAAAAUUUCUGUCGGAGGCCAUCGAGGCCGCGGCUUCGUCCACGGCGCUUGCCGGGACGACGGGCGGAGCAACUGGAGGGAGCAGCAGUACAACGGCUGCCGGGGGGACCACAGCGAGAAAUUCCCAAACAACAACGACCGCGGGAGCUCCUCAACCUCCACAUCUGGUUCACGCGGGAGCAAGCACAAACCGCCCGUCCGCGUCUCUGGCCUCUUCCUCGCUGAACCUGCACCAACACAUCUUGGAUACAACAACCACUUCGCAGGCCGCCAACACUUCUGCCAGUAACAUGUCGCGGAACCUUAUGAUCCACAGGUACCGCUCAGCUGGGCCAACGAGCGAGGCGGAGUGUGGUGGAGGGGCCCACCCGACGUCGAACCAGCAAGAUGGCGCGACCAAUUUUGGCACCAUGUCCAUCGCCUCUUCGAAUACGACCGUGAAUCGCCGGAGUGUACACAACUACCACACGAGCCGGGCAUCCCGUGCGUCCGACACCAUCGCCUCCACCGCGUUCGAGGAGGAGUGUGCGAUUUGCAAGGUGAAUUUCGCGAAGUACGAGGAAGUCGUCGGGUUGCCCUGUGGCCACGUUUUCCACUUCGACUGCUGUCGCGACUGGCUGGCCCGCCAGCACACCUGUCCCAUGUGCAGAUUCGAACUGGAAGUGGACGAUGGCACGUUCUUGCGGUCCGUGGGCCGCCACGCGGAGGCCGCGGUGUUGGAGGAGGAGGGGCACUGGUUUUCGGCGCUGAUAAAGAAAAAUGCGUCAGUGCACUUCGGCCUCCACUGCGGCGUCUGCCGUGCGACGCCCCUGUUCGGGAACAACGUGCACCAAUGCGUGGAACGCAGAGGAUUUUUCUCCUGCAGUAAGUGCUGGGUGUCCGGUCGGGCGAAGAGCGCGCAUCCCGGGCACACGUUUCGGCCGUUCGACUGUUUCACAUCCGUAAAGGACAAGUCGACGCUGCCGAGCAUCACACUGGUGCCGGCAGCGGCCGAUGGUGCGGGGUCGGACUCGCUUUCGGGAGUUGAGCAGCACCAUGAUUCGCGCGAUGUCGAAGCGUUCAGCAGGCCGCAGGACGGUGAAAUAAACAGCGUAAUGUUGCUGGCGGGGACCACGGACAGUCAGCAGUUGGAGCAAAGCAUCAACACUAGUCUUUCGAGUUCCCCACUACAAAAUGUCGCGAUUGUAUCGCAGCUUGAGGCCGACGCGGAGGAAGCUGCACUUGCGAUUUCCCACGCGGAUGUUGCCGGACGAGCGCUUGUUACCCAGCAGGACGAGGCGCAAGACGAGGCCCAGCCACAAUCCGCUUCGCAACUGGAAAACUUUGACCCGUCGGUGUCCGCGGCGCAGUCUGUGUUGAAGUGCCGGGCGCAAGACUACCAUAUGAAGCAAACGCUUUUUCAGAGCCUGGAGAGAGCGCCACUCUUCGACACCAGCCCGCUGAAAAAAUUUGACGACGCGGAGGAGCGGGACCGAGCGGACCGGAUCCUCGCGACUGCGAGGAAGUAUCGUGAGGGAGAACUAGCGCCGCGCGUGAAUAGCGCCAGAAAUUUGUGGGAGAAGAAAAGCGAAGAGAGCAAGAAACCAGCGGGACGGCUUCAUCGCGGGUCUGUCAGCAGCAUUCGGAAAAAGCACUUCUUCCCGACAGCGAAAGGGCCGGAGAAAGUGGAGAGGGAAUUGUUGGGCAGUAGAGCGAAUGGUGGAGCAAUGUCGGCUACCAGCAGUGCGGGAGGUGCAUCUUCGUCGUCGUCCUCGUCUCAACCGCAUUCUACUUCCGGUCCGAGUCAAAAUGCAAGCGCCGCGUGUUCGCUUUCACCGCAUCGCGGGCCGCACGUGGGGCUGCAACUGAAGCACGGGCCAGACUACUACCACCACGGGUGCGUGGCCAACAACGCGGAGGAGAGCUCGCGCCAGACCGGGGACAUUCUGUCUUCGCACUACGACCACGUGUACUCAAACAUGCUGUUGCAAGGCCUCGCCGAGAGAGAGUGGGCGCAGCGGUUUCUUCUCGGUCAGCGGGGCGGACGCCACCUGGUGACGCGAAGACCUCCUGGUGCUCCCGAAGGAAUGCAGGAAUCAAACAAUCGGGACGACGACGACGACGUGGAGCAGGGUGAUUUAGAUGAUGAUGGGACGAACAAGGAACCUGCCGAGGCAGGCACAGCUCCAGCUGCGCAACACGGGGACGAUCCAACUUCGGAGCAGAACACUUCAAGGUCCAGCUUUUCCUUCGGCGUCUUCGGCUCGUCCUUGCGCCGAGAGAAGAGCAGUGCAAGUGCGGAAGUCGCGGCCCCGAAUCCGCAGCUCGACGUCACCACGAGCUCUGUUUUCCAGGGAAAGGCCCUGAGCAUGUCGUCAAUCGGCACCACAAUUGGAGCGGGACAGAGUUCUACAAUUACCGCGAGCUGCAUCUCCUCCGGAGCACCACCACAUACAACAUCGAGUCUGCUCAACAGCGACAGUGGCGGUACUAUGGAGCUGUUACCGUCUGUGGCCUCCAGGCGCCCCAGCGCCGAUCUGCCGCGGCCCGACACCGCACCCAGCAAUCAGCUGGACGACAGUGGAAUUGAGAGUAGUAACUCUCAACACCGCAGAGGAGGAGGACCUCCUCGUGCCAGUACCGCUGCUGCGAGUCGCCGACAUAGUCAAGUGAGCGCAUUUUCGCAGAGCUCGUCCACGAGCGCGUUGUCCGAGACAACAAGCGCAGCAUCCUCGCUGAUGAUCCAGGGUCGGCGCACCGCCGCGCGUCUCCGCCGAGCGGUGGAUACGGAGGACGUCGUGGUCUCCCAGGCACUAGCAUCCUGCACGAACUUUUUCGCCCUUCCGCUCGUCCGGAGCACACUGGAUAAAAUUUCCAAGAAGACGCACGAGAAAUCGCAGACGGCCCUGUAUCACAGCCGGGGCUGGAACCCGCUGGAUCGCCACGGCUGGGACCAGCGGUGGAUCGUGGACAAGCGGAAGGCGGUUUUGGGCGCGAAGCGGUUCGGCUCCGUGGACUUCUUCGACAAGAAGGUGUACGAGGUUCCCAACCACGCGUUUCUCACCGAGGAGUCCGCCCGGGUGCAGUUCCAACGGAGCGCCGUAGCGCGGCCCGCGAAGGUUUCCGAACCCACCUCGGUGUCCGCCUCGCAGCGGGCGGCGGGCGGCCGGGGCUCGAAUCGCCGCAACCAGCACCACAUUGCCGGCCCGCUCGCGACCGGGGUUGGGAGCGACAAGGUGGUCGACACGCUGGUGUCCAAGCACGGCUCCAUGGACAAUUACGAUGCCCACAGAGACGCCAAUCCCAACACCGCACCCUUACACUACAUGAGCGUCGAACGGCGCCGCUAUCAGGAACGACCGGACAGCUCGCCACGACCGACGCUGCUUACCGGGUUCGGGCGCGGGCUUCCGGGAAAGUCCGGCCUUGUCCACACGGGGACGAGCGGCAGCUGGGCGUGAAAUUUUUAUAAAGGCUGGGUAGGGUUGCGGUUGGUGCACGUAAGUUAUCAGUAGACAAACAUCACAACAUUAAUAAAUUUUACGUCAGAUCAAACACAAUAAACAAGAGAAGCAGUAGAAGGGUGUGGAUCUGCCUUUUGGUAACUGACACACGCAUUAUUAGUAAAGGUCUCUGCAGUAAUUGCCUUUUUGCUGCGAUGACGAUUCCCUGAACCUUUGGUUUUACACGAAAUAAAAAUUUAAGAAGCAGAUGGAGUCUUGUCUUGCUUUCCCUGCAGGACUGCCUGCUUAUACAUACGUCGGACCUCGCUGCUGGAGCUUCGGAGGUACCCUAAAAGAACACAUCGCCAAGUGCGAAAAAUUGAAUACGAUUCGAAUAACUUGGCUUUCUGGCCUCACCAGAGCAGCAUAUCGUCGUGCAAAGGAAAAUUGCAAAAGAAAACC